GGUGUUUGCCGAAGGCAGGAGGUCACGGUAGUGGGUGCUGGGUGCAGGAGGAGGCGGAGGCGGGAGAGACCAGAUCGUGAGAGGCCUCUUAGUGGCCUGAGCCGAGGAGUGGAAUCAGCCCUCGAAGGCCUCAGCCUGCGAUGCAUGUGUAAGCAGCAAACGCAGGAACCCAGAGCUCUACAUCCUGCUCACUAUGGAACUUGUCAGCUCAGGCCACCAGCCCCUGAGGUGAGGACCCGCCUCGGGCUCUGCCCAUCCUUCUGAAUCAUGGAGGCAAAGAAAGCUUUUCCAGCCAGGGGACCUGCUUGUUGAAAGUCGGCCAGUUCAUCCUUCUCCAGUGAACCGUCAUCAAGAGGGUGCUGUGCCUGCUGGCCAAGAGGGGGAUACCACAGCCGCCACGGAUGGGGCGCUGGGUGCUCGACCUGGCCUUUGUGUGGAAGGCAGUGUUCACCCUAGGGCUGGUUCUUCUCUACUACUGCUUCUCCAUUGGCAUCACCUUCUACAACAAAUGGCUGACAAAGAGCUUCCACUUCCCCCUCUUCAUGACGAUGCUGCACCUGGCUGUGAUCUUCCUCUUCUCCGCCCUGUCCAGGGCACUGGUUCAGUGCUCCAGCCACAGGGCCCGCGUGGUGCUAAGCUGGACUGACUACCUCAAAAGAGUGGCUCCUACAGCACUGGCAACAGCACUUGACGUGGGCUUGUCCAACUGGAGCUUCCUCUACAUCACUGUCUCGCUGUACACAAUGACCAAAUCCUCAGCCGUCCUCUUCAUCUUGAUCUUCUCUCUGAUCUUCAAGCUGGAGGAGCUGCGUGCAGCACUGGUCCUGGUGGUUCUGCUCAUUGCUGGAGGCCUCUUCAUGUUCACCUACAAGUCCACGCAGUUCAAUGUGGAGGGCUUCGCCUUGGUGCUGGGGGCCUCGUUCAUCGGUGGCAUUCGCUGGACCCUCACACAGAUCCUUCUGCAGAAGGCUGAGCUGGGGCUCCAGAACCCCAUCGACACUAUGUUCCACCUGCAGCCACUCAUGUUUCUGGGGCUCUUCCCUCUCUUUGCCGUAUUUGAAGGUCUCCAUUUGUCCACGUCUGAGAAAAUCUUCCGUUUCCAGGACACGGGGCUACUCCUGCGGGUACUUGGGAGCCUCUUCCUUGGUGGGAUUCUGGCGUUUGGUUUGGGCUUCUCGGAGUUCCUGCUGGUCUCUAGAACCUCCAGCCUCACACUCUCCAUUGCUGGCAUUUUCAAGGAGGUCUGCACUUUGUUGCUGGCGGCCCACCUGCUGGGCGAUCAGAUCAGCCUAGUGAACUGGCUGGGCUUCGCCCUCUGCCUCUCGGGAAUAUCGCUACAUGUGGCCCUCAAAGCCCUGCACUCCAGAGGUAACAGUGGCCCUAAACCUCUGAAGAGCCUGGGCUCCAGCCCUGACCUGGAGCUGCUGCUCCAGACCAGCGAGCAGGACGACGAGGACAAUGAGGAACAGUACUUUGUGACCCAGGGGCAGCAGUGACCAGCCCAGAAGGAACUUGGAAGUGGGCCACCCAGCAUCCAGCACCACUCUGAAUGCUGGGAAGCAGCGUGGGUAUUCCUCACAACAGCUGGGAGCCACUGGGCGGGACCCAGUGAUGGAGCUAGGUCAGGACUGUGGUGGCUCCCGCCUUCUCUUCAGAGCAUGGGUCAUGGGGUGCUGCCAGCCAGCCUGGGACCUGCCUGGAGCUGGACCUGCCCUGUGCCAAGAUCCCAGUGGGAGCAGGAACCGGACUGUUUCUUCUCCACUGCUGGCCAGACUUUGAGAGCCAGGACCCAUUUCAGGGGCAUAGUGGCUUUCUAAGAGGGCUGCCCAUGGACUGCAGGGCAGCGGGGCAGGGAACAGGGAGAAGCUGGGGCCUCGUCACCUGGACAGCAGCUUUCUCAGAGAGCUGAUUUAUUUAUAGUUUGGAAAUAAAUGGUUUACGGUC